AUGUCCAGCAGGAGCAGCAGCAGCAGCAGCAGCAGCAGCAGCGCGCCGCGCCGCAGCAGCAACAGAGCCAACCGCAGCCCUGCAGCCAAAGCUCGUGCUGCUGCCCGCAGCAGCAGCAGCAGCAGCAGACAGAUGGCCUUCGGCGGCUACGAUGAUGAGCAGCGUAAGUGCUGGCAGCAAAAGAUAAUUCAUCUCUCUCUUGCUGCUGCUGCUGCUGCUGCUGCUGCAGCUGCUGCUGCUGCUGCUGCAGCUGCCCUCCUGUUGCUGCUGCUGCGUGCUCCCCUGCUGCUGCCGUUGCAAUGGGAUACAUUGCUGCCCAGCCUGUUUACUUCGGAUCCGUGGCAGCAGCAAAGCUCUGCAGAGCUGAAGAGGAAAGGUGGGGUUGCUGCUGCUGCUGCUGCUGCUGCUGCUGCUGCUGCAGGGCCUGAGUCAGCAGCAGGAUCGGAUGCAGAAACAACAGAGGACAGCAGCACGAGCUACAGCAGCAGCGGCAGCACCGGCGACAGCAUGUCCAGCAGGAGCAGCAGCAGCAGCAGCAGCAGCAGCAGCGCGCCGCGCCGCAGCAGCAACAGAGCCAACCGCAGCCCUGCAGCCAAAGCUCGUGCUGCUGCCCGCAGCAGCAGCAGCAGCAGCAGACAGAUGGCCUUCGGCGGCUACGAUGAUGAGCAGCGUAAGUGCUGGCAGCAAAAGAUAAUUCAUCUCUCUCUUGCUGCUGCUGCUGCUGCUGCUGCUGCAGCUGCUGCUGCUGCUGCUGCAGCUGAAGCAGCAGCACAGCGCCUCCCCCAAAGCCGCCUCUCUCCUUCCUACAGGGCCCCAGACUUUGCAGACAGAGCCGCCGCCCGCAGCUAUUUGAGCCCCCCCCACCCUGCUGCAGCAGCAGCAGCAGCAGCUGCUGCUGCUGCUGCUGCUGCUGCUCCGGACCGCAGCAGAAGAGGGUCGGGGACCUCAGUAGUCUCUUUUUCUGAUUUAAAUCCCCGCAGCGCUGCUGCUGCUGCUGCUGCUGCUGCAGCAGCAAAAGCGCCAAAAUUUGCCUGA